AUGUGGACGGCGUGGUGCGUGGCUGCCCUGUCCGUGGUGGCCGUGUGUGGCUUCCGCCAAGAGACAAACACGGUCCUCAGGGUUACCAAAGAUGUGCUGAGCGAUGCCAUUUCAGGCACCCUGCAGCAAAGCGACGCCCUGCACUCGGCCCUCAGAGAGGUGCCCAUGGGUGUCGGUGGUGUUCCUUACAACGACUUCCAUGUCCGAGAGCCCCCCCCUAAAUACACCAACGGCCAUCAGCUUGGUGGUAAUUACAAGUAUGGUCACAUCAACGCCAACGACAACCCUGCCCAGCUUGGGGGGAAAUACCGAUACGGUGAGAUCCUUGAGUCGGAUGGAAGCGUCAGGGACCUCCGAAACAGCAACUACCGCAGUGCAGAGACUGCACACGGCGGCCACAGGGGCCAUGGGCAGUACAGGUCAGCCGAAGGCACAGCAACCCUGGGCAGCCGUCACCGGCGGGAACUGCAGCCUGGAGAAAUCCCACCCGGUGUGGCCACUGGGGCUCUGGGCCCAGGUGGCUUGCUGGGCACCGGGGGAAUGCUGGCAGCCGACGGCAUCCUGUCAGGCCAAGGGGGACUGCUCGGCGGGGGAGGUCUUCUUGGAGAUGGAGGACUUCUUGGAGGAGGGGGCGUCCUCGGCGUGCUCGGCGAGGGCGGCAUCCUCAGCACCGUCCAGGGCAUCACGGGACUGCGCAUCGCAGAGCUGACCCUCCCUCGGGUGUCCGUGCGGCUCCUGCCCGGCGUGGGUGUCUACCUGAGCUUGUACACCCGUGUGGCCAUCAACGGGAAAAGUCUUAUUGGCUUCCUGGACAUCGCGGUGGAGGUGAACAUCACGGCCAAGGUCCGGCUGACCAUGGACCGCACGGGUUACCCGCGGCUGGUCAUUGAGAGAUGUGACACCCUCCUGGGGGGCAUCAAGGUCAAGCUGCUGCGAGGCCUUCUCCCCAACCUCGUGGACAACUUAGUGAACCGAGUCCUGGCCAACGUCCUCCCUGACUUGCUCUGCCCCAUUGUGGAUGUGGUGCUGGGUCUUGUCAACGACCAGCUGGGUCUCGUGGACUCGCUGAUUCCUCUGGGGAUAUUGGGAAGUGUCCAGUACACCUUCUCCAGCCUCCCGCUUGUGACCGGGGAAUUCCUGGAGCUGGACCUCAACUCCCUGGUUGGGGAGGCUGGAGGAGACCUCAUUGACUACCCACUGGGGCGGCCAGCUGUGGAUCUCAGGCAAAAGAUGCCAGAGUUGCCCCCCAUGGGCGACAACACCAACUCCCAGCUGGCCAUUUCUGCCAACUUCCUGGGCUCGGUGUUGACUCUGCUGCAGAAGCAAGGGGCGCUGGAUAUCGACAUCACUGACGGCAUGUUUGAAGAGCUUCCUCCACUCACCACCUCCACGCUGGGGGCCCUGAUUCCCAAGGUUUUCCAGCAGUACCCCGAGUCUCGCCCACUCACCAUCAGGAUCCAGGUGCCAAAGCCACCAUCGGUGAUGCUGCAGAAGGACCAGGCGCUGGUGAAGGUGUUCUCCACCGCCGAGGUCAUGGUCUCCCAGCCCAACGAUGUGGAGACCACCAUCUGCCUCAUCGACGUGGACACAGAACUCUUGGCCAUGUUUUCUGUGGAGGCCAAUAAGCUCAUGAUUGAUGCCAAGCUGGACAAGACCAACCUCAACCUCAGAACCUCAAACGUGGGCAACUUUGAUGUUGGGCUCAUGGAGGUGCUGGUGGGGAAGAUCUUCGACCUGGCGUUCAUGCCUGCAAUGAACGCCGUGCUGGGUUCUGGGGUCCCUCUCCCGAAAAUUCUCAACAUUGACUUCAGCAAUGCAGACAUCGAUGUCCUGGAGGACCUGCUGGUGCUGAGCGCGUGAGUGACAGAAGCAGAGUCGCCACCACAGCCUCGGGAGAAGCCAGCACCGCCCUGGACAGGCUCG